CAAAGAUGAACGAAGGCCUGUGUGUAAGACAUGAUGGUGAGUAAUAAAUGACAUAAUUUUCAUUUUUGGGUGAACUAACCCUUUAAAUGCAGUGGGAAAAGUACCAGUGUGAAGAGAGGUGUUGAUGAUGUGAGAGAGUGCAGGUACAACUGAAGAAGAAAUGUCUUGAAGGAGAAGAGUGGGGAUAGGAUCAAGCAGACAGGUAGUAGGGUGAUUGGAAAGAAUGAGUUUGCAGACUUCUGCCUCCGAGAGCAGAGAGAAGAAGGGGAGAAUAUGUGUGUUAGCUGUUAAAAUGUGUUUGUCAGUUUGUGGUGUGGAAAAUUGGCCGCUGAUGGUUGUUGUUUUAUUUAUGAAGAAUGUGGCAAAGUCAUCAGCUAUUAAGUUUGACAAAGGCAGGGGAGGAGUAGGAUUAAGAAGAGAAGAGAAGGUUUUGAAAAGCGUGCGAGAGUCAGAAGAAUUAUUCAUUUUUUGUGGUAGUGUGUCAUUUUAGCAGUAGAGACAUUAAGCUUUGAUUUAAACUCUUACUUGCAUAAAGAACAAAAACAGAGAAAGAACGGCCAGUUGACCAUGAGCUCUGUGUUGAUCGUCAGUUCCAGCCAGGAUAUCAUCUCUGUGUUCAUCAAAACAAGCUCAAGUUUCAGAUUAAACUAAUAUUAUGUGCCAUUUUAACAUGCCAUUUGAAGCAUUGCAAUGCCUGCUUGUGCAUUUAUGUUAUAUUUUAUGUGAUAGUAGUGUGCAAUGGAAAUUUUUUACUUUUGAAAACUGUGCCAUUGCUGUAAAAAGUUGGGAAACACUGAUAUAGCCUACCUGUAUAUAACUUAUAUAGAGUUGGUUACUGCUAUAAAAACUAAAUAAAUUGAUAUAAGAGCUUAAUUGAUGUUUUCAUUUCCUUCGAUUUUGGGUGUUAGUGGUGGUAAAUGCUAAGAUGCUGCCUUAAUAACAGUAAGUGUGAACUGGGUUCAAUCUAUGCAAUUUUGUAAUAGGUAGAGUUAUAUCAUGAUUAAAACUAAACACAAGAAAUGAACAGUUUCUCAGGUCUACCUCAGAAGCUGAUGAAACAAUCGUGGACAGACAGGAAAAGGUGUGUGAUUUGUCAGACUCGGCACAUUUCUCUCAGUUGCUUUGGCCUGUAAAGUCUUCAGACAGCAUGCACGACCUCCUUUAUCUUGUCUUGUUCUGUUUAAUUUCGCCACACGGGAUGGCAGGUACAGUUUAUCAGUUUCCCCCAUCAGUGAAGGUGAAAUCGGGUGAUACAGUGACUAUGCACUGCCAACUCAAUGAGGUGCAGUCGUUCUGUCACACAAUGGCCUGGGUAAGAGUACAUCCAGUGAGUCUAAUAAUAGACAUUCUGCAGGACUCAAACAUCCCUCCUCAGACUAAAGAUCAUGUGGAAAGCACAGUGUGUCAGGCUUCCAUCUACAAUGCAUCGAUACAGGAUUCUGGGACAUAUUACUGCAUCGCUACCGACCGUGAGCAUAUGUACCUCGGGAAUGGCACAGCUGUUACUGUACAAGCUGACAGCACAGUUAUGCCGUCUAUUGAUGUCAUGGCAUUUGCCAGCAGCAACUACCUCAACCUUACUCUUCAGUGUACAGUCAGGGGAUUUGCUCCAUCACAGGUCCAUGUGUACUGGCUCAUAGGGAGUAGAAAAGAAAAAGGGCAAACUUUUUUUGUUUGGGAAGAAGGUAAAGAGAACUCUGUGAAAACUCAGAAUUAUGUAGCAGUAUCAGCUGAGGAGUGGAAGACAGAAGGACAGUACACCUGUGUUGUGAAGUUUGGUGGAUGGAUGUUCAACAAAACUCUUCGUUAUUAUGAUAUUCAGGACACUUGUUAUCCUCUCGUCAGUGUUGCUAGAAUUUUUGCACUUGUCACCGCUCUACUCUUUUUCACAACCUUAUUAAUAGCAGAGCACUUCUAAACUACGGAAAUUUUGUAUUUGAUUCUAUGACCUGAAAACAUCAAACAAUAAAAUAGAUUUGUUGCAAAUAAAUAAAUGUGCAUCAACUGUGCAUAGGUUGCAUAGGUUUUAUUUUUAUAUUGGCAGGGAUACAUGCUAUAGACACAUCCUGCUGUAUAAAUGAACUUUUAGGUUAAUUAUACUGUAUGUUUAAAUGUGAGUACAUUUUAUGCAAAUGUGACAGGUAAAACUAUAGUGAAUGGGUGAGCAUUUUCUGCAUAGCUUAAGUUAUAACUUUUAAUAAAAAACAUUUUAAUGUGCCAUCCAAUUUCAGAGUUUAUUUAAUCAAUAGAGAUCCAUGCAAUAAGUAGCUUAGGUUUUUAAGUUUGAAUGCAAUGUCAAAAAAUAUCCUUACAAAUAUAGGCACCAAGAUUAUUAAUUAAUUAUCAUUAAUUAAGUAAUGAAGUACUUGCUAAAUGAUUUUCUAGUAAGAAAAUGUAACAAGGCAGAAAGUAAAGAAAUGACAAAUAAAAAUAUGUUCAUAUACAUCACAUGUGGAAAAAACAAAUAUGAUUUCUGGACGCUGAUACAGACAUCUCCCUGUACUGUCCAUGCCCAGCUAUACAAAUCAAUUAUCAAUCAUCUGAGAAUGGUGCUAUUGUCAUUAAUGUAGAAGUACACCUAUGUUUCAUUAUCAUUUAUAUCAAUGGAGUGGUUUCCCAGACAGAGAUUAGUCCUAGAAUUGAAUGACCUUUUAAACCAGAUUAACAAAAAUCUGCUUUCGCUGUCAUGGUUUUAAAUAGUCCUAUACUUAGUCUAGUCCAGAGUUUAAUAAGCUGAUUUCCUGAAGAACGAUAAAGAGCUACUCCAGAACUAAACUGUGGCUUAAAUUAAACCUUCCAGGAGGCAGGUUUAACUUCAGUUUAAUGUUGUGAUCUUAGAAGACACAUGGGUUACUUGGACUAUGUAAAGAUAUUGAUCUUAUACCCACAGAUUCACAAAACAGUAAAAUAAUAAAGCAGAUGAUUCAAUCUUACCUGAAGUUGUUGUAUUGUUCUUGUAGAUGUGUGUGCAUUUGUUUCUAAAUAAUUAAAAAUAGAUUUUCAGGCAUUCCUUGUUUCUUUUUCUUUUCUUUUCUUUUUUCCCACAGCUGAUGUGUGCAGCUUUUCUUUGCUAUUAGCUUUAAUAGUUUUCUUUUGUUUUUUUUAUUGAUUUUUUUUAAUUCUGCCAUUGUUUUCCCUGCAUUUGCCUCUCAGUUCCAUACAGUUUUAAGCUUUUCUUGGUUCAUUCCAUGUUUUAUAGGCAACCUCGAUGGUGUUAAUUCAAAUUAAUUUUGUUUAUUUUAGUUCAAGACUCCAUAGUCCAUGUGUUAGUAAUCUAUACUUAACAUGUGUUUCAAAAAACACUUUUAAGACAUGAUUAACUAUUCUAGAUUAAGGCCUACUCCUGUCUUAUUUUAAACCCUGCCCGGAAAAUUGUCCAUAUUUUUUUUUCUUUUCCAAUAUCCUUUAUACUUUAUAAUUUUUAUGUUUCAUUAACCUUUAUAACCUUUUUAUUAUUCUAUCCUAAAAGAAGAACACUGGAAAACUGAUCAGAAUUACUGCUAUUGUAGUAGCUACAGCACUAGAACUGGGCUGUGGCUGAAACUUGGAUCUCAGUAACCAGAGUUUAGAACUCGUGAAGGGCCCUCGUGUGGUGAACCCAAGGAAUUGACCAACACGAAUGUUAUUAACUUUGGGCGCUCCCUCGUGUCCUACACUAGUACUACAGAAUGUUUGCAAAGUGACAGUGUGUGUGCUGCAUUCAGGGAAAAAUUAAUAAAUAAUAAUAUUAAAAAUAGUAUUCCACGCAUUCAGAAAACCAUGCACUUAAUAGAACAUGAAGCAUCUAAAAUAUUAAUUUCAAUAACAGAAAUCCUAUAAAAACAAAAAUAAUACAUUCUAUGCUAUUUUGUUAGAAUUGUAUAUUCCUCAUUUAAUUAUUAUUAUUAUUAUUAUUUAGCAAAAGGUUUGAAAGCUACAGUGCUGCUUCAGAACUCUUAAAAAUGGCACACAAUUCAUUGCCCUAAAUGUUGCUGCUCUCUCAAUCACAUUACGAAGCUGCUCGGAUACCUCAGAACCAGUCGCGGUAUUAAAAUCAGCUAUAUAAGUGGCAUGGCAUCUUACGUACAGAAGCCAUUGGCACAUGCCGCAGUGCUUAGUGGCACAUCAGGUGGUGGCACAUCCGGUUUUCAUUGGCAUAUGCCAUCAGAUUAUGUGCCACUAAAACUUGUGACAUGGGCCUAAGGAUUGUGUCAUGUGCAAUGUUACAUUCAGCUGUUGCAAAUUCAUUGACUUUUGAAUGUCAAGUUAAUUUUUUACAAGGAAAGGAGUAGUUUCACUACAGUGGUUCAGGCUGCAGGAUUGCCGAGUAACUAAAGAAACAUUAUCAACAUUAUGGUGUAACACUGAAAAGGUUUUGCAGCCAUCCAUAACCUUUUUUUUUUUUUUUUUUUUUUUGGUUAAAAAAUAUUUAAGUACUUAAUCAGCUAGUGUUCAAAACUAUCUCCUCACCUUAGCCCGAUUCGCAGCAGUAAGCUUCUAAUAAUGUUUUAUAAUAAAUUUAGUACUGGUGGGUUUCUGCGGGAAAUUCGAGCAUGUUUGUCUUUGCAUCACGUGACAUCUGUAAAUAGAAAGAACUAGUCCCAGCUAGGCCAUGUGUGAGGAUGCUACUAGCGGAUCAUUUAUAGCCUUUUUUUUCACAGCAGCUGGAAUAAUUAAAUUUAUC